CGUGUAUUGAACUUUGUGUUUGUGUUUUGCUUUGGAUUUUGUUUUGUAUUUUGAAAAUCUUUUUGACAUUUAUUCGCAAAUUGUUUGAAAUGUGUUUCAAAUCUAAUGUUCAGAUAAUGUGACAAAAGUUUUCACACGAUUUAAGCCACUGAUUGUCACCUCAAUUGAUGCCCUAUUUAUUGAUAUGAUAUGAUCGCGACAAUUGUCUGCCAAACGGAUCCCAGUAUUUGAGUUGACGAUCGCAUUGACAGCCAUUUGGUGAGCCAUACGUACCAUCGAUGAGAUGAUGAACGAAGAGAUCGGUGACGAUAAGAAGGCUUCGGGACAGUCGUCGGCCAAUCAUAAGUUCACUCUUCAGGAGAGGAUUGAAUUAAUAAAAAUCUUUUACAGCGGAAAGUCUCUCAAACAGACGGCGCGUGUGUUCGCCGAAAGACACCCGGAUUGCGAUCAUUUGCCCACUUCUUCGGGUAUCACACGACUGGUCCGCAAGUUUGAGACGACAGGCUCAGUUCUCGAUAAGCGAAUCCCCGGCCGCCCGAAGACCAGUCGCGUGCAGUUGUCGGCCAAGCAGUCGGAGAUCAGUGCGUGUGAUUGGCCCGGAUGUCAGUACGUGAGC